AUGGCAGCAGCCCGGGGAACUUUCCGAACUGCUGCUAAUCAAUCGCCGUGCGGGAUUACCAAGCCAGAACUCGACGCGCCUAUCAGCAAGAUAUGGCAUAUCUCCUCGGUCCUCUCGUCAUCCUCCUCCCUGCUCUCAUGA